AUCCGGAUUAGCUAAAGCCUGUCGCUGUUUCCUUUUAUCGGGAAAAACCGGACCGGUUGCACCCCUUCUAGAAUGAGUGGUCCAGAUCCAUUUGUGGCAUCGCUUCCUCUCCAAUCUCCAUUCUCCCAGCAUAGGCGGGUUAGAGAUAUAUGACCGACAGAAGAAGAGGGAAAUGAUAAAAGCGUGACGGCCAGCCAAUUGUGGAAUCAAAUUUUGGUGCUUCCUUCCAACUAACAAUAUGACAAGAAUCUAGAUCUCACCGGUAAAAUCAGCAAUGUGAAAGUGUGAUAAAAAGUCAAGCAGGUGCUCAUCAUUUACUCAUGCUUUUAUUAGCUCUUCAACAUGUCCGCUGAUUGACAUCCUGCAGUCAGUUCUCCCUUGGAAUGGCAUCAUCCAUUCUGAGUGUUGCUGCUUCAAGAUCUGCUCUGGGCUUGGCAGCUAUUCAGAAGUCUCAGCUUGGUAGCUGGAGAAGCUUUCCCCCAAGACCAAGACCAAGUCUCAUUGUAAGAGCAGUUCAGGAUAAUGGCGAUCGAAGGCGGUUGGUUGAUAUCAUCCGCUUUAUCCCUGAACUGUCCAGAAACUAUUUCAGAAGCCGCCCUCGGAGGGCACUUUUUGGGGGCAUCUCAUUGUUGGGCGGCUUUUAUGUGGCACAGACAAUUUCUCUGUCUUUUGGUGCUUUAGGAGUGAAUGACGUAAUUGCUGCAGUAAUAUGCGUUCUCCUUACUGAGUAUGUUACUAAGUUCUAUCAUACUCGAACCAAAGUCACCUUUCCAGUGGCUCUUCUCAACAACUUCAAAAUGGGCUUCACCUAUGGCCUUUUUAUUGAUGCUUUCAAGCUGGCUAGUUAAGUAUUUGCCGUCUUGUUUAUCUAGGCUAGCCUUUCCCACUUCCCAGCACUCUCGAAGUGGGUUUCUUUGACGGCAUUUUCAUUGUUGGUUUCCAGCUCUAUACUUGAAUAUAUGUAGACAUGACUCCACUUAGUAAAUGAAUGGUCGAUUCUCUCUC